UCUCUCUCUCUCUCUCUCUCUCUCUCUCCCCUCUUUGUCCUCCUCCUCCUCCUCUUCUCUCUCUCUCUCUCUCUCUCUCUCUCUCUCUCUAUAGAGCUAGAGCUAGAUGGGGCAGGGAAUCGGCGGUGGCAUCUCCGAUUGAAAUAUUUCAUGUGCAGUUAAUUAAAGGGGGUGGUGUGUGAUCUUCAAACUUGAAGAAGAUUUGAAGUUGCUUGAAGCAGUUGGGUCUUUUGUUGAGAAAAGCCCUAACUAUGCAGGCAACAAUGACCUUCAAAAGCCCCGGAGGAGGAGUUGGUCAAGUUUCAGUAACUCAACCAUCCAAUGGAACUCCACUUCCUUGGUGGAUUGGAGGAGGAUCUCAUGCUCUCUAUGGGGAUUCUCUUUCGCAGUUUAAGUCCUUGAAUCUGGAGAACAGUAAUAACAGGGAGGAUCAAGUUUCGAUCGUUUCCAAACAAAUGAAUCAAGCUAUGGGACCGAUGCUGACACAAGGGUCGCCAGUGGUGGAGAAAGAGGUUAAUGGUACUGUUAUGUUCUCGAUAUUUCCAGGUCAAUCGGAUUCAGGAAAGGGACAAAAAUCUCAGGAACUUUCACCCACCAUUUCUCAACUGUCACCAUUUCCCGAAUAUCAAGGUCGCUUUGAGCUGGGACUUGGUCAAUCUCCGGUCUGCUCCAACUAUUCUUUUGCUGAUCAGUGUUAUGGUCUAUAUGCCACUUAUGGAGCGCAAGCAACGCACGGACGUAUGCUUCUACCACUUAGUAUGACAGCCGAUGGACCAAUAUAUGUGAAUGCAAAGCAGUUUAAUGGUAUCCUUCGGCGUCGAAAGGCUCGUGCUAAGGCUGAGAAGGAGAAUAAGCUUACCAAACUUAGGAAGCCAUAUCUUCAUGAGUCGCGCCAUCUUCAUGCAAUGCGACGUGCCAGAGGCUCAGGCGGCCGAUUUCUCAACACAAAGAAUCAAGUCAACGGACAGGCUAGCAGCACUGAUUGCAAGUCAAAGUCCAUGCCGCCGCCCGCACGGCCCACCACAUCACCAAGCUCUGAGAUCCUCCAAUCAGACAGCAGCAAUCCGCACUCAAGAAGCGGUGGCGGUUCUUCUUUCUCUGGAUCUGAGGUGACGAGCAUCUACGGUCGAGACGAUCUCGAUCACUUCAAUUCGACCGAUCAUCUCCAUUCGUCGAUGAUCCACCCCUUAUCAAGCAUGAUCGACGGGGAGCAUCAAAUCAGCAUCAUCCAUGGUAAGUGGGGCCCAGCGGCCAACGGUUGCUGCAACCUCCUCAAGAUCUGAUGAAAACAGACAUUGGGGAGAGGAGUGGCUUUUCGGAAAAGCCUCUCCAAAAGCUCUUCUGCAGCUAAAUGGAGGAACUGUGGAAACAGUGUGCUUCUCAGCUAGCUGUGGCCACUGUUCUUGGUUAAGGGAUUGUCCCUACCAUCAUUUGGUUGUUUUCUGAAGGCAAUUCAUUCUUGGCUUGUACUGCAUUGAGGUCUUUCCGCCUAAUACUCUAAAAACUGUUCCUGGAACUCCAGCAGUCUCAGAACAGCUUAAAAACUGUUCCUGGAACUCCAGCAGUCUCAGAACAGCUUUUGGCGUGGGUGGUUAAGUCCUCUUUGCUUUGUUAACAAAUAACAUUCUUAGCGCUUAUCCCUAUCUUAUCUUCUGCUUCUGCUAGUAGUUUGUCAGAAUAAAAGAAACCAGAAUUGUAUGGUAGUGUUUGAUGACUUGGGGACUCUGUUGUUUGGUUAGGUAUGCUAUGCUGAACUAUGAAGUUUGUCAUGUACAUUGCUGAUGGUGUGUAGAAGCUCAUAAUGUUUGAAUUUUUUAGUGCUUUUUUUUUAAAAAAAAAACUUAGUUUGCAGUACUCA